CAAGACCAACCGAAAAAACAAUACUUUCAUUUGAGCAUAAACAACAACAAAAAAAAAACACAAAUAAAGAUUCGAUCUUUUCUGGGAUGGAAAACAACGAAUGACGAAGUGUCUGACUUCUACAAAUUGUGUGCUGUUCUUCAAUUCAUUCAAAUUGUCUUCUUUUCUACCAUUUUCUAUUCAGUUUCAAUCUGUAAUCACUCUUCCUCCUCCUCCUUCUUCCUGCGAAAGAUUAUCAAUUGCUUCAGUGAUGGAUGCUUCUAGAAGUGAAUUGGCAAAGGAACUGCCACUCUGCUUGGAUCCAACCAUGGUUGAAGAAUAUACUUCUUUGUCAAAAGUACUUGCAAAAUUCAGUAGCAUUCCUAGCAUUAGCAAAGCCUGGGUUUUCAAAUCAGAUAAUGGCAAGGUCUCGAAGGCUAUGUUUUCUAUUAACCAACCAAAUGUCCUGGCGAAUAAAAUGAGAAAGUCUUUACUAUCUGCUUCUUUGAGAAAAAAUGGCGCCAGCGCCAUCAACUUUGAAUGGUCUCCAUUUCCUAUUGAAUUGCCUGGGGUAGCUUUAAUGGUUUCUUCGCCAUCAGGUUCAAAGCUUCUUAUGGUUCGAAACCCUGAGAACGAUUCUCCCACCAAACUUGAAAUAUGGGGCCCGUCAGCCUUGGAGAAGGAGUUCCACAUUUCGCAAUCUAUUCAUGGUUCAAUCUAUUCUGAUGGAUGGUUUGAAGGUGUUUCAUGGAACUCUGAUGAAACACUUAUUGCAUAUGUUGCUGAGGAGCCUUCCCCUCCUAAGUCAAUCUUCAGUAGUUUUGGCUACAAGAGUGAAGGUUCCGGUGAUAAAGAUUGUAAUAGCUGGAAAGCCCUUGGGGAUUGGGAGGAGGGAUGGGGAGAAUGUUAUGUGAACAAAAGGAGGCCAACAAUCUUUGUCAUCAGUGUUGAAAGUGGUGAGGUACGUGCUGUCGAAGGAAUAAAAAAGUCUUUGAGUGCUGGUCAAGUCAUAUGGACUCCAGCAACUGAAAGUUCACGACAAAAUUUAGUUUUUGUCGGGUGGUCAUCGGAUUCAAGGAAAUUUGGCAUGAAAUAUUGUUAUAACAGGCCAUGUGCUUUGUAUGUUGCUUGCAGUCCGUUCAAUGAGUUAACGGGUGAUGGUAUUGACCAAAGACCCAAGAAAGACACUGAAGUGGUUAAUGUGACUCAGGGAGUUAACAGUGCGUUCUCUCCGUUGUUUAGUCCCGAUGGCAAAUUUCUUGUUUUCUUGUCUGCCCAAGCUUCUAUCGACACAGGAGCACAUUCGGCAACCAAUUCACUCCAUCGAAUUGAUUGGCCAAGUGAUGGAAAUCCCAACCUGCCCUCUAAAAUUGUGGAUGUGGUUUCUAUUGUAAUACGUCCUGACGACGGAUGCUUCCCUGGGCUAUAUUGCACCGAAUUCCUAUCUAACCCAUGGCUUUCUGAUGGGAAUACUAUUAUUUUAUCCUCCAUAUGGGGAAGCACACAAGUUAUACUUUCGGUGGACAUACUCAGUGGCAAUGUAUUGCGCAUAACCCCUCAUGAUUCUUCUUCUUCAUGGAAUCUUCUGUCCCUUGAUGCGGAUAAUAUCAUUGCUGUAUGUAGCAAUUUAGUAGAGGUUCCAAAAAUUAAAUAUGGUCUCAAGGAGUCUUCUACAAGUGCUUCGUGGAGUUGGCAAGAUGUAUCUGGCCCCACGUUCAGUUUCUCCAAGGAGGUUGAGUCCUUGUUAUCUCCGCUUCAGUUCAGUAUUAUGAAGGUUCCAGUCAAGGGCGGAUCAGGGAACACUCUAGCAGGUGCCUCUAAACCCUUUGAAGCCAUUUUUGUGUCUCCCAAAGGAGAGAAGAAUGAAUCUUGUAACCCAUUAAUUGUAGUUCUUCAUGGGGGUCCUCACAGUGUUUUCACUACGGGAUUUUCUAAAUCACUAGCAUUUCUCUCUUCAAUUGGUUUCAACUUACUAAUUGUGAACUAUAGAGGUUCGUUGGGAUUUGGAGAAGAAGCAAUUCAGUCUCUUCCCGGGAAUAUAGGAUCUCAGGAUGUCGGUGAUGUGCUCACAGCUAUAGACUACAUAAUUGAUAUGAAAUUAGCAGACCCGUCUAAAAUCACUGUUCUUGGCGGUUCUCAUGGUGGCUUUUUGACCACCCAUCUCAUUGGCCAGGCUCCUGAAAAAUUUGCGGCAGCAGCUGCCAGAAAUCCUGUUUGUAACCUUGCUUUGAUGGUCGGGACUAGUGAUAUUCCCGAUUGGUGUUUUGUGGAGUCAUAUGGCGUUGAAGGAAAUGCAAAAUAUACAGAUGCACCCACUAUGGAACAUCUAAGUGUUCUUUAUGACAAGUCUCCGAUUGCACAUAUUAAUAAGGUCAAAACACCGACCCUAUUUCUUAUUGGUGCUAAGGAUCUUCGAGUUCCAUCCAGCAAUGGCUUGCAGUAUGCACAAGCGUUGAAGGAAAGAGGAGUCGCAACCAAGAUAAUUGUAUUUCCAGAAGAUAUUCAUGCAAUCGAUAAACCGCAGUCAGACUUCGAGAGCUUCUUAAAUAUUGGAGUAUGGUUCAAGAAAUACUGUAAAUAGACGGGGCUGAUAACGUGAUCAGCAUUUGUGGAAGAAAGUGUAUGGCAUAAUCGAAUACUCACGUCAUUUACCUUGUAUCAUCCAUUCUUGAAAAGCUUUAAAUGCUUUUGAAUAAUAUAUGCUUCAUUGUAGAACAUCCGAUGAACUGCUAUAAUAAGCUUAUAAGCAUGGGUUACGGCUA